AAAGUGCUCAAACACUUAGGUGUCCAAAAAUGUGAUUAGGUUUGCAAAUACAGAUUUCACCUCUUUCUCAUGUCUCAUUCUUCUUUGUGCUUUUCCUUGCUCUGUGUGAAAACAGAAGGAGGGUUAAAGCACUAUGGGGCUGGAAUAAUGUGUGUAUAUAGACAUAUUAAUUGUGUAUACCUGUAUCAGUUAGCAAGUUUAUAUUUAAAUGCCAUUUUGAUGACAUUUGCUUGUUCGGUUGGUUGGUUUUYGGUUAAGGAUCUUCAGGAGGUUUCCAAAAUAUACAGGCUGGCAUGGAAAGCAAAGCUAGAUAUUAUCAGAUAUAUCUCAAUGCUUCUUUAUACCACGUGCUCUCAUCAGUAUUUUCUCUGUCCCUUGUUCUUUGUAGGCACUACUUAGCACUUUAUAGUCCUUCAGAGCCCUCUGCAGCUCUGAGUAAUCCUAGAGAGCAGGGAUGCAGGUGUCUUCUAUUUUAGUUGCUCCGGCCUAAAUAGCACACACACAUGAUUAAACUUUUACCGAGGUACUGCAUGAUAGGAAAAGUCAGUCAAAUAUUCAUAUUUCAAAGAAAGAAAGCAAAAUUAUCCAUCUUGCUGACAAAGGCAUCUGCGCUUCCCUGUGCCCCAGGGCCUGCACAUCCUCAUCCCACAAGCAGAGGUGCCUACAAAAAAGCUGGAGGGGGACUUCUUGUGAGGGCAAGAAGUAGUAGGACAAGGGGGAAUGGCUUUAAACUGAAAGAGGGCAGGUUUAGGAUAGAUAUGAGGAAGAAAUUCUUGACCAUGGGGAUGGCGAGGGCACUGGCACAGAUUGCCCAGAGUAGCUGUGCCUGCCCCAUCCCRGGAAAUGUCCAAGGCCAGGUUGGAUGGGGCUUUGAGCAGCCUGGUCUGGUGUAAGGUGUCCCUGCCCGGGUUGGAACUGGGUGAUCGUUAAGGUCCCUUCUGACCCAAACUAUUCUAUGGUUCCAUGUUGCUUCUUGUGCCAGAGGCCGCAGUGGCUGGAACACGGAACCAGCCGCUCUGUGACAUCAGUCCCUGGGCCGAGGGCACCGUGCGUGCUGCGGGCAUUGUGGCCGUGGCUGCGCUGGUGUGCGGAGCUCUCACUCUCACAGCUGACACGAGCCACUGGCAGCCAUGCAGCUGCUCUGCUUCUUCGUCCUGCUGGCCAUGCGCAGGCCUGUGCUGGCCMUGUGGAACACCUGCGAAGGGAGCUGUGGGCUUCGGCCCUUGACUUCUGACGAUGAGCGAGGCCUGACCCGCGUCGUGGGUGGCACGAAUGCUGAGACAGGGGCCUGGCCCUGGCUUGUCAGCAUCCAAGAUCCCUCGGUAGCGGGCACGGGGCAUCUGUGUGGAGGGUCCCUCAUCAGCGUACAGUGGGUCCUCACAGCAGCCCACUGCUUUGCCGACCCCAGGAACAUCAGCGCCAUGCGCGUGCUGAUCGGGGCCACCCAGCUGACUGAGCCGGGCCCUGGGGCCGAGGUGCGCCUCAUUAAGCGGGUGGUGGUUCACGAGGAAUAYGGUGCUCGUGACCAGAGCAACGACAUCGCCUUGCUGGAACUGAACGAGCCUGUCAAGUGCAACCAGUACAUCCAGCUGGUCUGUGUGCCUGAUGCUACGCUGGAUGUGGCACGACUGCAAACUUGCUACGUCGCUGGCUGGGGUGCCACCACUGCAAGAGCUCAAAAGUCAAGCGAUAUCCUGCAGGAGGCUAAGGUCCACCUCAUCAAUGUUCAGCUUUGCAACAGCACUGAGUGGUACGCAGGGGACAUCCACCCUCACAACUUGUGUGCUGGUUACCCGGAGGGUGGCAUCGACACCUGCCAGGGUGACAGCGGUGGUCCUCUCAUGUGCAAAGACAACAACGCUGACUCCUUCUGGGUCGUUGGAGUGACCAGCUGGGGAAGAGGCUGCGCCAGAGCACAGCGGCCUGGAAUAUAUACUUCUGUUAAGGACUUCUAUGACUGGAUCCUGGCCAAGAUGGAACUGCUUCCACAAGUAGAGGCUUCUCGUGCAUAUGCUCAUCUUACAACCGCUGCACAACCCUGGACUCAUCAGACAAACGCCGCAUGGCCCGCUCAGAAGCCGUGGUCAAGACCACCUUCCACUCAUAACCCAUUGCCAAGACCACCUUCCACUCAUARCCCAUGGCCAAGACCACCUUCCACUCAUAACCCAUGGCCAAGACCACCUUCCACUUACAAGCCACAACUUCCCACCCCUAGGCCAUGGCACACAACACUUUCCACCCCUAGGCCAUGGCACACAACACUUCCCACCCCUAGGCCAUGGCACACCACACUUUCAACCCCUAGGCCAUGGCACACAACACUCCCCACUCAUAGACCACAGCCGACAAUAAUCCCCACUCAUAAACCACCGCCGACAGUACUCCCCACUCCUAGGCCACGGCCAAAACCAACCCCCGCUGAGAUGCCAAGUGCGAUACCAGAGCCAGUGGAAGUGGAAGAGAUAAGCAGCUGCCCAUUUCCAAUCAAGAAGCUGGUGGCUUUCUUCACUAAGAUCCGGGACCUCCUGAACAACCUACAGCGGUCUGAACAGAAUUGAGCAGCAGAAUGGACAGGAUCCAUUGCAGGCUGCAUGGGACCGUGACUGUUUCCUGCUGGGGCAAUGCCUGCUGAUCCAAAGGCCGCCUCAGUACUGCAGGGCUGCUCUGUCCUGCCCACGUUGCUCCUCUGCAUGUAUGCAAAUACUAACGUUGACUUAGUUGUUGAAAUAAAGUUGCCUUUGUUUGCAGUUAACCAUGUUUUCAGUCCAGUUUGGUCUCCUGGGCAAGGCAAGGACUUCCUCGCCUGGGACCUGCAAAAUGAGGCUGCGCCAGACUACUUGGGCACAAAGGGAGUCACUCCAAAGGGCUGGAGCUGUGCCUGAUCAGAGAGGAGAGUGCUCAGAGCCACCACAGGAUGGAGAAGACUGGCACAUCAAGGCUAGGAAGAGGACAGGAGAAGACAAUGCUACAUGCAGACGCCUUGUGGGGGAUGCAUUAAGGCACACAAACUGGUGACUAGGGCCUGGCAAAAGCCUUAGCUAAUGGAGCAGACCUGGGAAACUCCUGAGCAUGACAAGUGAAAUUGCUGACUGUCACAAAGACAGGGAGGAGCUGACAGGAGCUACAGUGCCCUAAGGAAGAGCAAGAUUUCACAAGUAGCGAAGGGGCAUUGAUGUGUGAGGUGGCACACUUCAGAGAUGUUUGAAGGAAGAUUUGGGGUCAUUCUGGGGAGAAGAACCUGGCAGAUGCAACAAGACGGAGGAAACUGCAUCAGUAAUGCCAUGGAAAGCCAAGGUGAGCCUUAACAGCACCUGUAACACCAAGUCUGUUCACAGGUGGGACAAACCUUGGGAUUCAGGGAGGAGCAGAUAGCAGGGAGGAGAGAAGGGCAGAGAAAGAGAGGAGUUGAGGAAGAUGAGGGGGAUGUAUAAGCAUGGCAGAUAGGGAGAAGGGAGGAUCAAGGAGCCAGUCUCACAGACACAAGCUGCUGGUUGGUUUACUUGUGUGACUGAGCCCUGCACCUAAUCACCACAGGAUGGAAAAGAGACUUCUUCACCCUAGGUUUCCCGCAUCAGGGUCUCAGACAUCCAAGAUCUGGAGAA